AUGCUCCUUGUCUUUGGGCUGUCUUUCGUCUUGUUCAGCGGCAGCUGUCUUGGCCGGAAUAUCGUCUUUCCUCCAAUUCACGCUGUUCCUGUGCAGGCGCCUCUAACCACAGAUAAUCUUGAGAAUAUCGAUAUCAUAACUGGGAGCCAGUUCUCGGGAUUAUCAACGUUCGCUCACGUUCCAUAUGUCAACUGCUUUGUGGAUAGUGAAGCAGAGAAGGAGAAGUAUGAUAUUGCUUUCCUUGGAGCGCCGUUUGACACGGGUGUAACUGCUCGGCCAGGUGCGAGGUAUGGUCCUGGAGGCAUCCGACAAGGUUCCACGCGAAUGAAAGUAGAAAGCGCUUGGAACAUAUAUACAGGAGUAAACAACCUCCUCAGUUGGGCCAAAAUUGUGGAUUGCGGUGAUGCACCGUUAACCUUUUUGGACAAUACCAUUGCCUUAAAACAGCUUGAUAAAGCCCAUAAGGUCAUUUCAUCGCGCAUAGCCAAUUCAACGGAUAUAUCCUUAGUCCCAAGGAUCAUCACCCUCGGGGGUGACCACACUACCACCCUUUCUGCGCUACGAUCAACUUAUGAAAAAUGGGGUCCGGUUUCGGUUAUUCACUUUGAUAGCCAUAUCGAUACUUGGGACCCCACGGUUUUAGGCGGUGGAAUCUCCGACUAUGCAGGAGUAAACCAUGGCACUUUCUUACAUAUCGCCCACGAAGAGGGUCUUAUUCGCAACGAUUCAAUCCACGUGGGCAUUCGGGCCCCCCUCAUUCGACGUAAAGGCGAUCUCCGCAAUGAUAUCCGAUGCGGUUUUGAUAUGAUCACGGCUCGGGAUAUUGACUUAAUUGGCACAUCUGGGAUCAUUCAAAAAAUUAAAGAUAGAGUCGGCUCAAACAAUGUGUACAUCAGCGUUGAUAUUGAUGUCCUAGAUCCUGCAUAUGCGCCAGCCACCGGGACUGCAGAGCCCGGCGGGUUUUCCACCCGCGAAUUACUCACCAUCAUAGACGGGUUACGCGGGCUUCCCGUCAUCGGCGGCGAUGUCGUAGAAGUCGCGCCAAUUUAUGACACAAGAGGCGAAACGACAGUUCUCGCAGCAGCUGAGAUAGCCAACUCUUUGUUGGGCCUCAUGAUUGCAAUGCCUGUUCCUGUCAAGGGAUAA